AAAAAAAGGUACUUGUCCCUUCCCCCAGCGAUCCCCCAUAAAGACGUACUCCGGCCUAGUGGCUUCGCUGUCGUCAUAUGUAAGAGAAGUUCCCCCCCACAACGAGGACCGGCAAAUCUAGACUCUCUCCUCCAACAGCCCUUUCGUUUAUUCCGCCGAAUAGAUAAAAAGGAGUGCUUAUCCGCUUUCUCGUGCUCGGUCCUCUUUUCGUCUCUCUGGCUCGCUAUCCCCUCGAUAUUCUUUUCCCAUCUUUACUUUCUUCUUCCAUCGCUCGGCCUUCUCUCCUUGCAACAAGUGCCGAAAAGGGCCAUUCCAGAUCUCGGUCCACACACUUUGCUUGCAGCAGCCCCACCAUUAACCAACCUCACGCACACACACGCGCGACGGCUGAAUUCAUCAGAGACCGUCCUCUCCGGCAUUUACAAACAACCGUCGCUUCUAUCCGCCUUGGCCAUCGAUAUCCGAAAUCGUCAGCACCGUAAUUUCCCCUUUUGUGGAUUUUCACCCGCAGAAAGAAGAGCGCAGAUCCCCCGGAUUUCUCGCAUCAUCGUGUCGAGAUACUCGCCAUCAUUUGCUCUACCAUCGGCUGUCUGAUACACCGCCAACCAGCAUUCUCCUACAACUCCCGCGUCUCGCAACGACUCCUAUAACAUCAUCUCCACCUCACUCCACAGCCAUGGACCCUUCUUCUUCCACAAACGCCUCCUCAUCGACCGCCUCAUCAACAAGGCCGUCUCCCAACAGCUCAGCCGCCGCCAUGGUCCCUGCCCCCAUCCAGGUCAAGGCCCCUUCAACCGAGCCCUUCCUGAAGGACUUUACCCUCAUCGCCGAGGCUGCCAAACGCGCGCAGGUCGCAGUCAUGGUGCGCGACUUUGAGGAUGUUGGCAUCUGA